AUGGCGGGCGGCUAUCGAUCUCGUCCGGUUUCGUUAGAUCAGUCGCCCCACGUCUGUGGUGAUCAACUCAUGCAAACCACUUUAUUCAACAGUCGUGGAACUCUCGCCAUAUACAACCCCUCGACGCAAGACCAGCCCUCUCUGUUGUCUAUUCCGGCUACCACAACCACUACCAAGACCAAAAUCACUGCCACUACGCCACCCUCUAGGGGCUUGGUGAUUCGCAAUCAUGGCAGUUGCAAGGUCACUUCCGUCAAGUUUCGUUUCGAGGACUUGCCAGCAGAGAUACGUCUUCAAAUAUACCGCCUGCUACUCAUUACUCCCACAGUCUGGAAUUCGCUACCUCCUCUGCGUCUCGUGCAAACGUAUGGUAGUUGCUUGUCAAGACCCGGUUGAUGACGACGACGAGGAUGAGGACAACUCGGAAGGCCGAGACGACCACAACAGCGAAAGAGACGGUGAUGAGCAAUCCGGAUCGUUCGUUCCGCGUCCCGAAGUCGAAAGCUCAAAGCCGAUGUGGCAGCAACACUCUGUCUACCCUUCCAUCCUCCAGUGCAGCAGGUUGAUUUAUAGUGAAGGGAUGUCUAUCUUGUAUGGAGAAAAUGCAUUCGCUUUGUCGUAUCUGAAUCUCCAUUCCGCCGUCCUCUACCACUCUUGGCAGAUUUCCUCUAUCGCUACUGGCCUUUUGAGGCACGCUAGAAUUUCACUGCAAAGAGCGGAUUUCAAUCGCCUCCUAUCCUUACAAAGGGACUUUGCCGCCCUCAAAGAGUUGGAGGUUCAUACACGUGUGGCAUAUGAUGAUUGGCAAUGCUUGCUUCUCUUGGGAAAAUUGUUGAUACGUCUCUACGACAAGAUUACCUUCCUACGUACUAUGGAAUACCAUCCAUAUUGGGACGAAUCAAAAAAGAAAUACCAAUACCAAGUCUUUCAUCCCAGCUUCGAUGAUAGGCCCUCGGGAAAGGGCGUUUGUUAUAUAAGAGAAUCCUCAUUUGGGACCACGGGAGUCCGUCGAAGAGAUGAUUACAUACCCCCGUGGCCCCUUGAAGACGAUGAAUAUCUAGCGAUGCCACCACCGAAGUUAAGAGAUCGCCGUUGUUACGGAUGGGAUGGGGUCUUGAGAGUAAUAAUCUCAAGAUCUGAAACCAAGCAUUGCGCUCCCCCAAAAAUCUAUGCAUGCGAGCAAGACGUUCCUCUUGAUGGCCAGCUCGUGGAACGUACCGGAUACGGGAUUCGCCAUAUUUAGGGAGAAUCUUUAAUAAUAUGUGGACACUGACUAGUCAAAAAAGCUGGGCUCUUGAUACUGAUCCCAGCCUAGUCGCUCCUAAUAUCAGAGGCAAGGAUGACCCUAACGCAAACUACCACUUCCACAGGGUGGAAAUCUGUUCUCCUAUUCUUCUCUUCACCGAGAAGUCUCUCGCGGCCGUCGCCGAGGUUUGCGGAAUCCUCUCAAGCAAUUCCCGUAUCCACCUCAACGCCUCUUGUGGACUACAUGUGCACAUUGGGAACGGAAUGGAUGUAUUUGCCGUGGAAACCCUCAGCAAACUCAUGGCCACGGUCUUCACCUUCGAGCCUACCAUUGACAAGAUCCACCCUGCAGCUCGACGAAACUACCCACGGAUUUGCCCAAUGGCACCUGGUCUACGGUACUGUUCACGUCCGCGCAAGAUGCAACCUCCGGAGGUUGAUUCCCUAAGCGAGUACUGCGACUGAGGUCUCGAUGCCCUCUUCGGCGCUCAAAGCAUCCGUGAUCUCUUCGAAUUGGUCUGCUACCAGGACCGAGAUGCAGCCAUCACCAACCGAAUGGCCUACAACAUCGUCAACCUCCUCGAAAACGAGCCGGGAAAGCCGAGAAUCGUAAUCGGUGGUGGAGAAGGUCUCAUUGGCGUCAAGAACUCCAAGAAGACGAUUGAAUUCCGUCAGCACGCUGGUACUAUUUCUCCAGAGCAAGUCACGAACUGGAUCUCCUUCUGCGCGUUCCUCGUGCAGUUUUCUCAGUCCGUAGAUGAGACUCUGCUCAGGACGUUCUUGCAGCGCCAUGCUGCUUCUACGGAUUUGAGCAUAGGGGAGAUCUGCUCGGCGCUCGGUAUGUGGGAGGUUUCUAGAUACUUUGGGAACUUGCCGCAGUUUGGUGAGGAUUGGGAUGAGUGGGAGGAGGUUGUUGACCCGGCCACUGCUCCGUCGGCUGAGAAUGCACCACGGAGGCGGGGGGCACUUGGACAGCUUCUUUCGUCUCGUGUUACUCGGGUUCUGCCUUUUUCGAGGUAA